AUGUCGUUUUUUCUUUCUCCUUUAUACUUCUUUCUCUCUCUCUCUCUCUCUCUCUCUCUCUCUCUCUCUCUAUCUAUCUAUCUAUCUAUCUAUCUAUAUCUAUAUCUUUCUCUUGCUUGUUCUUUUACUCAAUCACUCUCUUGUUUCUGUUCUCUCUCAUUUGAUCCCGCUUUCUUUCCCCAUUUUUCUCAUACUCUCAUCAUUUCUUCAAAAAUAUUUCUUCUUCUUUCUCUUUCUCUAUCUCUCUCUCCACCCAUCUAUCCAUCUAUCUAUCUAUCUAUCUAUCUAUCUAUCUAUCUAUUUCUCUUCUGUUCUUUUACUCAACAUCUUUCUUGUUUGUAUGCUUUCUAUCUCUUCUCCCAUUUUCCCCUUUUUCUUGUUCUCUCACCAUUUCUGUCAAAAUACUUCUUUGUUCUCUCCAGUACUCUUUCUCUUUCUCUUUCUCAAUAUCUCAUUCACUAUCUAUCUAUCUAUCUAUCUAUCUAUCUAUUUCUCUCGUUUUCUUUCCUGUUCUUUCAUUCAGUCUCUCUCUUGUUUGUCCUCCCACUCUUCUGCUCCCACUGCCAGGCAUAUAAAGGUUUGACGCAACACCUCUCUCUCUCUCUCUCUCUCUCUCUCUCUCUCUCUCUCUCUCUCUCUUUCUUUCAUUUUUGUCACCCAUUCUUUAUAUCUCUAUUUCUCACUCUCUUUUUCUUUCCCUCCCUUUUCAGCUGUUUUUCUAUCUAUUUAUUUCUGUGUAACUUAAUAUGA